AUGAAGGCUCCGGGUCGGUGCCCUGGGUCCCACAUCCAUCCACACCACGCCCCAACAUUUUGGAGUGUUAGUGCCCUCGGGGGCUUAAAGUGGUGGCCCAGGGUGUGGAAUUGCACCAAGCUCAGAGUUCUUCUGAUUGCAACAUCACCUCUGACGUCAGGGCCCGAAUUUUCUACAACAAAGGCCAAGCAAAGGGUAGGAGCCUCUGCCCUUACGGAGGAGCCGCCCUGCCAAGCCCUGUACCCCCAGCUAAACGGAGCGGGAGCACCAAGAAGGGGAAGAGUCCCUGCGCCUGGCCGGCUGCCAUCUUCCUGCGAGCCCCAGGCCAUGGCCAUGCUGGCACUCCGAAGCUGCCUGGGCAAGGCACUGAUAGCCCCGCGGGCGCUGGCGACUCAGGUGUGCUCAUCUUUUGCUACUGGCCGAAGACAAACCGAAGGAACAUUCUAUGAAUUUUGUACUUAUUAUAUUAAACCCUCAAAGAUAAAAGAGUUCCUGGGCAAUUUUAAGAAAAAUGUUCAUCUCCGGACAUCUCACUCUGAAUUGGUUGGAUAUUGGAGUGUAGAAGUUGGAGGCAGAAUAAACAGAGUGUUCCAUAUUUGGAAGUAUGAUAAUUUUGCUCAUCGAACUGCAGUUUACAAAGCCUUGGCCAAAGAUAAAGAAUGGAACGAACGAUUCUUCAUUCCAAAUUCGACUUCCAUUGAAAAACAAGAAAGUGAAAUUGUCUAUAUGGUACCAUGGUGCAAAAUGGGACAUCCUCCUAAGGAAGGAGUCUAUGAACUUGGUACUUUUCUUAUGAAACCUGGUGGUCCAGCUCUAUGGGGUGAUGCAUUUGAAAGAGCAGUGAAUGCCCAUGCCACUCAAGGCUACACUACAUUGAUUGGGGUGUUCCAUACAGAGUUUGGAACACUCAACAGAGUUCACGUUCUCUGGUGGAGCGAGAGCGCGGACAUUCGCGCGGCUGGGAGACACCGAUCUCAUGACGACCCCAGGGUCGUGUCUGCUGUCCGGGAGAGUGUCAACUACCUGGAUAUCCAGCAGAACGUGCUCCUGAUUCCGGAGCCGUUUUCCCCAUUGAGGUAGUUUCCUUCAGCUGACCCUGCUGCAGCUCCCUCAGGAGAACUAUUUCUGCUCUGCAUUCAUGGGAGUGGUGAGUUAACUCCGCCCCUGCCUGUCUGAAGCUCCUCCAGGUCUCUUUUACCAGACCCAUCUCUACGUCGGAAACAGAAUUUAUUUUCUCCAUGCCUCUUCGUUAUCUGUCAGGCACAGAAAACAACUAAUCCAAAAACAAUGUUGUUUAGCCCCAGCAAAAUCUUUGAAGACUCAUUCAUUUAUAAGCUGAAGUGCCUUACUAUUAAUUUUCCUGAUAUUUACUUAACCCA